AUGAGCCCAAGUACGCCGGAUGCGGGCGACAUCCUCCGCGAAGAUAACUACUUCGUGUGGGAGUUCAACGCAAGGAUGAGGCUGGCAAAGAAGGGAUUGCUAGAGCACCUAGACGCUAUGAAGGCCCCAGAAGAAGGAGACGCAAGCGCGUCAACUUGGAAAGUCAACGACAUGAAGGCCUUCGCGAUUGUGUCCACAAUGAUCAGCACAAAUCUUCAGUCAAUGGUGCGCACGGCAGAGACAACGGCAAAAGCAUGGGACAUACUGAAGACUUUCUUCCUGCGGCAAAGUAUGCACAAUCGUGUGCAGUUGCGGCGGCAACUACAUGAGUUCAAGUUGGCCAAGGGAGGAAGCAUCAUGGAUCACUUCCUGAGAUUUGACGAGCUGUGCAUGACUAUGCAAGCUGUGGGACAAGAGAUCUCACAGGAUGAGCAUUUGGUCAUCCUAUUGGGUAGUCUAACGAGAGACUAUGACCCCAUCGUCAAGAUAAUUGAGAACAUGCCCGGAAUGACACUGUUUCACGCUAAGGAAAUGCUGAGACGGGAGUACGAUGGAAUGGCGAGGACAGAACACCAAGAAAUCGCACCGAAAAGUACGCACACUUCCAAGUACAAGAAAGGUCCGCGCAGACAUAUGGGGAGAUCAAGUUCAAGAGGUGAAAAGUUCUCGGGAAGGUGUUACCGAUGUAACAAAUAUGGACACAAGCGUCAAGAUUGCAAGGCUGAACAAGUGGAGAUAGAGCGAUCUGGAGAAGAGAGAGCAUUUACUGCGUCAAGUCGGACGUCAGCUGGAUGGUUAUUGGACAGUGGGGCAAGCAGCCACAUGUGUCCCGACAGAAAUGAGUUUUCGAAUUUAAACUCACUGACGGACCCGAUCAUGAUCACCAUAGCAGACGGCAGCGAAGUGGAAGCGCAAGGUGUUGGGACAGUGCGCGUGCAACUCAAGACUGGUGAAGUGAUCAGGAUCGAAGAAACGCUAUGGGUGCCGGGCCUAGACCGAAGGCUACUGUCAAUAUCGGCAUUGUCAAAGAGGGGCCUACAAGUGAUCUUCUCAGAUCUGAGCUGUCAGAUCAGAAGUAACACGGAAGUCGUUGCCCAAAUACCAAGACGAAACAAGAUGUACGUCUUAGAGUGCAGUCCGGCUGAGGUAGCCAACGUUUGCGAAGAGACAUCUCAAGAGCAAGAAUCAGGUGACGGAUCAGGAGCGGCUGAUCUACAAGUGUGGCAUGCAAGAUUAGGUCACCUGUCAACGAAGAUGCUCAAGGGUAUGGCAGGUUGCGUCAAUGGAUUAAAGAUCAAGAAGAAUCAAGGCGUUGAAGAUGAUAUCGAGAUCUGCGAAGGGUGCAUCAUGGGUAAAGCAACCGUCAAGACGUUUCUGAAGUCACCAUACGGACACGUGAAAACCAAGGAAGUGUUGCAGUUGGUCCACAGUGAUGUCAUGGGACCUAUGGAAUCGAAGUCUCGAGGAGGAUCAAGAUUUGUCGUGACUUUUAUUGAUGAUUAUUCGAGAUAUAUAGUCGCAUACUAUAUUGAGAACAAGUCGGAAGUGACGGAUCGCUUUAUAGAGUAUAAGGCACUUAUGGAGAAUCAACUGUCCAAGAAGAUCAAGUGUAUCCAGGACGGACAACGGGACGGAAUACGUCAACAGACGUUUCUCCGGUGUAUGUCGAAAAUCUGGUAUCAUGCAUCAAACGACGGUACCCUAUUCGCCACAACAGAAUGGGCUGGCCGAACGCAUGAACAGGACACUGACAGAGCGGGCCAGAGCAAUGCUCAGCCAUAUGCAAAUGGAUAA